UGGGUUAAAUAAAUUUUUAUUGGCAGAUGUUUAAAAGGCCAAUAAAAAAAAGAAAAUUAUUAUUAUUAUUGGCACUGAUUUGACAGUAGUUAAUUUUCGCUAAAAUUAAAAAAAAAAAACAAUGAAUAAUAAACAAGUUGUGUAUAUAGUUUAUGAAUAAAUUUUGUUAUUUUAGGCUAUUUUAAUUUCUCAGACAAUGGCACAGUGUAAAUCAACAGCACGGGAAUUUAUUGUAAAUACAUUUUCUCCUCAAGUGGCAGCUGUUUGUUCAAAUAAUGCUGAAACAACUUGUCAAAAGAACAAUUUGUCAUUCACUGAAUUACUUCAACCAUUUUGUAGAUUAAGCUGUGAAGGGCAUAUCAAAGAUCCUCUUGGAAAUACAAAUAUUGUUCGAUGUCUUCAAAUAUCAAUUCGCGAUGUUAAUAAUACACCACCAGAGCCAACAAUUGCAAGACGAAUGUUAAAUGAAACUGUUAGUUCAUCAUAUACAGAACGUUCAACAAUUGUUAAUACUGGCUCAAUUGAUCUCAGUCUUCCUUUAUCAAUUCCAUGGUUCGAGGCAUGGAGAGAUACAUUUCUUAAUGUUCAAUAUCCAUCUGAUCAUGAAUUUACAAGACAUUUUCUUGCAUGUAUGAUUGUUGUAUCGACAUCGGAUGAUGAGCCAUUAGAAAUAAUUCAACAAAUGGCUGCUAAAUUAAAUCAAAGUAUUCCCGGACAACUUCCCAAAUGGUUUAACAAUAAUGUCCUUCGUUAUUAUAUUUUAAUUCACGAUACUUCGCAGGAUAAUAAAAAAAAAGCCGAGGAUGUUUUUAGAGAAAUGAAAAAUAUAUACGGUGUGAAUAAUUGUUUUUUGCUGCAAAUGAAUUCAAGACCACCUGGUCAAUCGGAUGAUAAUAUUCAUUUACCGGAUCCGUGGAGUCAAUUUAUUGUUAAAAAUGGAAGUAUUUCGAGUGGAAGUGGACAGAAUAGUUCACCACGAACACCAGCCGAUACUAGUGGAGUUUCUGCAAUGCCAUAUCCAAUAAAUACAGAUAGUGAAAAAAUCAUUCAAGUGGGAACGCCAUUAACGCCACAAGCGUCAAAUUUUCCAACAACAGAUUUUACAGAUUUAGUUAAUACACCGACUGAGAUUAAUGAAUUGAAUGUUCAACUUGAAAUUGGUCAAGAAGCAGUUCCAAUAACAAUACAUCCAUUAAGUCCAUUACAAGAAACAAUUGAUAACGAUAUUAUUAUUGGAAAUUCAAAAAUUCAUUUAGAUAAUUCGCCAAUUAAUGUUAAUGUUUGGGCCGAUUCACCGGGACAAAUAACAAUAGGAACAACAACAAUUCAACAUGGUACAAGACUUUCUUUAGAUGAUUUAGAAAGAUUAAAAUUCAUGAUGUCGGAAUUUUAUUUAAAAAGUUUAUUGCCCUAUGUUGAAAGACAAAUUGGCCUUCUAAAUGAUGUGAUAUCAAAUAAAAAAGGUGUGAGCCGUUCACUUUUUAGUGCAACAAAAAGAUGGUUCGGUACAAGUAAACCCGGUGUUCCUGGUUCUGUUCCUGCAAAUGUUGUAAUAUAUACAUCAGAAUCACCGGAACUUCAAUUACGAAGAUUGGGAGAUUUAUAUUUUAUGUUUGGUCUUUUUGGUUUGGCUUAUCAGGCUUAUCAUAAUGCAAAACGUGAUUUUGCCGUUGAUCAAGCGUGGCUUUAUUAUGCCGGUGCAUUGGAAAUGGCAGCGUUGAGUGCAUUUAUGCAAGAUGAAAUGACAAGAAAAACAAUUGAAUAUAUGGACGAUGCAAUUUUAACAUAUUUAAAUACAUGUAAAAUGCCACAAUUUGCGACAAGAGCAACAUUAUUAAGUGCCGAGUGUUUAAAAAAUCGUGGCCUUUAUUCGGAUGCGGCAAAACAAUUAAUUCGAAUGACAAGCGAGGAUUCAGAUUUAAGAUCAGCAUUAUUACUCGAGCAGGCUGCCUAUUGUUUUAUUGGGCCAAAAAUGAUUCGUAAAUAUGCUUUUCAUAUUGUUAUUGCUGGACAUCGAUUCUCGAAAGCGGGACAAAAGAAACAUUCAUUGAGAUGUUAUCAACAAGCAUAUCAAGUUUACUGUGGUAAAGGAUGGUCAUUUGCUGAGGAUCAUAUUCAUUUUACCCUUGGAAGACAAGCACAUUCUUUAAAACAAACUGCUUUUGCUGUAACAUUUUAUGAAAAAUUGUUAAAUCCCACUAGUAAGCAACCGGCUCUUCAACAAGCGGCAUUUCUUCGUGAAUUUCUUCACACAACAAAUGCACUACUUCAAGAAUCAAAAGGAUCAGAUGUAAAAAAUCUCUCAAUAUUACCACUUCCAUUAAUUAAUGGCAAUGAAAUUAAAGUUUUACCUGGUCCCUAUUUAAAAGGUGACAAUAAUUUAGAAUUAGUAUCACAAUUAACAUUAAUUGAUUCCGACAAUACUGAAUGGUCAAAACUCGAAGAACAAAUAGUAACAGAAGCACAAGGAUCAGUGCCAAUGAUAUUUAAACCAUCAUUAUUAAUUUACACUAAUAAAACAAAUAAUUCACAAAAAUCAAAUGUUUUUAUAAAUGAACCAAUAUUUAUUUCAAUUCAAUUAUAUAAUCCAUUAGAAAUUUCUCUACCAUUAACAAAUAUUAAAUUACUAUGGUCAUUUGAAACAAAAGAAAAUGAAAUAUUAACAAAUGAAUCAAAUGAAUUGAGAGAAAAAUAUUUCAAUAUUAUUGAAGAGCAAUUGGUUGAUAAUUUUUUACUACAAUCUAAUUCAAAACAAGAUCUUAUAUUAUAUUUAAAACCAAAAAUUUUGGGUAGUUUACAAAUAAUUGGCAUUUGUUAUAAUUUAUCAAGUUCUGGUGAUUUUAAUCAAUCAGAUGAAGCGCAUAGUUUAUCUGUUUGUGGUAAGAGAUUAUUUGAAAUAAAAGGACCAAAAUUAAAACACAUUAAAGAAAAACCCAAUGCAGUAUUAUAUGGCAAUGAUUAUCGAUUAUCAAUGAAUGUUAUUGAAAAGGCGCCAUUUAUGGAAAUUUCCCUAUCAAAAUUAUCACCUGAAAUGUUAUCGGGCGAAAUACAAAAUGUUGAAUUAACAUUAAAAAAUAUUGGCAAUGCUGCAUUAACAAAUGUUCAUGUUGGUUUUUCAAAUCCAAAAUUAAUUUCCUUUACAAAUGAAAAAAUUGUAAAUUUAAAUAGUGGAAAAUUAAAAAAUAAAUCAUGUGUUCAUAAAAUUCCACUUAAUAUUUUGAAUAUAAAUGAAAAUUAUAGUACAAAUUUUUGGAUACGUGCACCAACAACCGAGAAUCAUAAAUUAGAUUUGUUAUUUUAUUACGAAAAUUCGGAAUUUAAAUCAAAAUAUCGAAUAAUUCGUUAUUCAUUACAUUUAACUGUUCUCGAUUCAAUACAAAUAAAUGCAAUAACAAGAGCAAGUUGUUCAAUUAUUAAUGAUGCAAAUCCAACGUUAAAUUUAAUUCUCAAAAUAAAAAAUAUGAAUCAAGUACACGAUCCAUUUAUCAAUGAAAUUGAAUUAAUAGACGUUGCAUUACAAAGUAAAAAUUGGUCUCUAAUUAAUAAUAAAAAAUCAUUAAAAAUAACAAAAAUUCAUCCACAACAAACAACACAUUUUCUAUUAAAAUUAAAACAAACGGAUAAUUUACAAUAUUCAAAUGUUAAAUUAAUGGAAAAUUUUCAAAUUCCAUCAAUAACAACAUCACCAUAUAUUGAUUUUAUAAAAAAAAGAAAUAACGAAAAUACAUCAAAUGAAAAUGAAUUAAUUAAUUCAAUAAUAAUGAAUGUGAAUUCAAUUUUAAUUUUACGAUGGAAGGCAAAUGUAAUGGAGAGAAAUAUUAUUGUAAGAGAGGCAAUUGGUCAACAGCAUAUUGAUAUUAUGACAAUUGGUAAAUAUUACAAUGAACCAAUUGAUAUAACUAAAAUUGAGCCAAUAAUUGAAUAUGGAGCGAGACUUAAAAUAUUUGGACCCGACGCUAAUGUUGAUGGACGUAAUAGUCAUGUUAAAAUUGAUAAAUAUUCUGAAAAUGAAUGUCAAAAAAAUAUUCUUUGCUAUUCAUUGAAACAUGUGAAUUUAAUGAAACAUAAUUUUCAACGAAAACGUUUUUGUUCAAUUCCAAUUAUUAUGACAAUGCAAAAUAAUUCAUCAUUAAAAAUUGAUGUUAAAAUUAAUACAAUUGGAACUAGUAGUCAAACACAUUUACCAAGUAUAAAAUCUCAACUCUAUACACCUCAGGCAUCGACAUUUUAUCGUUAUGCAGGUCAUACAGCUAUUGAAUGUGACAUUGAACCAUUUGGAAAUCGGAAAAUAAAAUUACAAGUUAUAAUUCCCGCUUCGGGAACAUAUGAUUUAGCAUCAAGACUUGAUGUUUCAAUUAGAUUUGUUUCUAGAGGCGAAUACAUUCCUCAAAAAUGGCAUAUAGAAAGUAUUUGUAUUGUUAACAAUGAAUUAUCCUAAUUCCAAAAUAAUAUAUUAAUUAAACCAAUUGUAAAUUAUAAUAAAUUAUAAUUUUCAAUUUUUAAAUAAAAAAGUAUACUAUUUUAUCAUAUAAAAAAAAAAAGUAGAAAAAAAUUUUCCUUUUUGAAAUUACAAAAUAGUAAAAAAAAAAAUUGUAAAAUUAUUUUAAACAAAAAUGUAUAUAUAUUUUAUUUGUUAAUUAAAAAAAAACUGUAAACAUUUUUUUAAACUAAAAACCUUUUCAUUCUUUUUUUUUCGUCUUGAAAAUACGUGCUUUGUAUGUAAAUAUUUUAUUUUGUGAUUAAAGUUAUACAUUUUGUAAGAUAAAAAAAAAAACAAUUAAAA